AUGAGAUUCUUUUCAACCGGUAUUCUGACAGUUUGGUCACUCUGUGUAGAUCGUGCGACGGCAGAAUGCUCCGCAUGGCAACAGCAAGUUAACCUAUCCAUCUGUAACUGGGAGGGAGUGCGAGCAAAUAUUCUUCGCGACUCAAUAUACUUAGACGGUGGGCGACUGUGGUUACAGCAAGGAUAUGCCGAUGGCUGUGUAAAUCAAUUCAAUAACGGCAACUUCAAGGGUUUCAUUUACUCUCUGAAUCUUUCCACUUCUUUCAAUACCAGUUCCGACUUUUUGAGCGUCAUCAAAAAUGAGACAAUCGCCGGAGGAACGGCCAACAAUCUGGCUCCUAAUUAUGUCGAUGGUGUGAUGUUUUCGAAUCAGGAUGAAUUCUACCUUUAUGGAGGCCUGCGCCAACUCACCAAUAGCAGUGAGUCACCACCAGCUGACGAGGUCCUUGCCUUCGAAGGCUACCAGUAUGGUCCUUACAGAAACAACUGGGGCCCUGGCUGGCACUCGGAAAAGCUAUCUCCAAAUGUCACUCGGUAUAUCACCAAUGGUGCUGGUGUGUCCGCGCCGAGUGAGAACCUCGGCUUCUACUUCAGUGGCAUGCGCGACACCCAAUGGGGACCAAUUACCUACGACCAGUUUAACGCCAAUAUAACUGCCAACACCAUGAUCACUGCGGACAUGUUCCAGAUGCGCGAAGCCAAAUGGACAAAUCAAAGUCUCCCAACUGAAAUUUUGGGACGGGCAAACGCGGAGCUGGUCUGGGUCCCUGUGGCGGAAUCCGGCGUCCUGGUAGUCGUCGGUGGUGUAGUGCAGCCUGCUCAACUCGAGCCAACCAUGGGACUGAAUUCGUCUCAGAUUGAAAUCUCUCGGCGAAUUAGUCCCACUUUCAUGAAGACGGUUUCUGUCUUUGAUGUCAAGAGCCAAUCGUGGUUCUUGCAAAACACAACAGGAGACAUACCACCUCAGUUGACGCAGUUCUGCUCCGUCUUGGCCAGUGCGCCAGAUGGUUCGUCGCAUAAUAUCUAUAUCUAUGGAGGUUACGAUGGCAUUGACUUGAACAGUGCUCCUUCGGAUGAUGUGUACGUUUUGUCUCUGCCAUCGUUCCAGUGGAUGAAAGUCCAUAAUGGAACACAGACCCAUGGUCGCAGUGCGCAUCGCUGUCUCAAGGUCUACCCCGAUCAAAUGCUUGCCUUGGGAGGUCUUCGAAAUGAUCCAACAAAAUGUUUAGAUGGAGGUGUGAUCGUGGCUUUUAAUUUAAACACACUCAGAUUUCAGGACACGUAUGAUCCUGCCAUUUGGAGUGAAUAUCGAGUGCCAGGUAUAAUCACGGCAAGAAUAGGAGGCAGUUCCACGGGAGGGGCAAAUAAAACCGCCCCGGAGACAUGGACCAAUUCCUCCCUGGCCGCUAUCUUCGCGCGAAAAUAUCCCAAGACCAUCAAGAAUUACUGGCCGUACGAAAGUGCCAACGGAACACAAGCAGAGACGUCGAAGCAAUCUGAACACCAUUUCCCCAAGUGGGCCGCAGCCGUAUUGGGUGCCCUUCUUGGUCUUUUUCUCAUCGGGUCUGUAGCAUUGGGAUUGUGGUUGUGGCGUCGUUAUCAACGAAAAACACAAGAUAGUCUCCCUGAAUCUUUCGGUAAGAGAGAUGGACCACGUGAGGCUGACAGCACGGAAGUGAGCCACUUAAUGUACGGCGCUGGUCCGACAUCACCCAGACCAGGGCCACAGUCGGCUUCGACAGGACAAGAGACAAGAAUCACCGAACCGUCUUCGAUUCAAGGGUCUUUUCUCACUUCGAUUUCUCCUCGCACGGUGGAAUCGGGAGGUGGAAUCGUGCAUGAGUUGCAAGAUUCUUCUCCGGUUGAGCUCGCCACGCCUUAUAACGUGCAAUCUGAUACUCCCGUCACGGAUCCCAUCUCAGCUUCAAACCCAUCGCCUGUUUCACCUGCAACGCCUGCAACGCUUGCAGGCGAGACCGGGGCUGCCACCCGAGCAUUCCACUUUCGGACUCCUUCCACAGCGUCAAGCGUCCCUUCUCUCUCAAUUGACACUAUGAUUGCACGACGGUCUCACCCGCAGGAGCCUAGCGAGAUCAAGAACAGGUCAUUUGUGGGUCAGAAGCCUGGGAUCUCAGAGCCUGAUGAAGGUAGGCAACGAAUGGGAGGACAGACUAUUUUUGAAGAAGAGUUGUAUAUUCGCAGUGGAGUUUGA